GACUCAUCACAGCAUCAGAAUAGACAAGAAUUCACUGUGAGCUUCACAUCUCAUUACAGCUAAUGGACCAAUCAAAUCAGUCCACAGCUUCAAAACAUCCAAUCAGGCGUGAGUCUGGACCUGGUUUUCUACUGAACACACAAGUUCAUUACCUCACUAUCACUUUGUCUAAACAGGAACGAUGAUCACACUCUUUGUGGCUCUUUACUCUCUGCUUUGUCUCUGCACAACUGGAAACACUUCUGACAUCAAGGAGUUUCAAGUUAAAACAGUAAAGCCUGGAGAAGCUGUAACUAUGGAGUGUAACAUUAGUGGGGACAAAAACAAAAAUAGUUUUGCUUGGUACAAACAGAGUUUUGGAGAAGUGCCUCAGUUUUUUGCGAGACCGUACGCUAGCCCUCCUGGCUACAUAUUGGCUGAGCGAUAUAAUAAUAGCCGCUUCAGUGUUACUGUAAAGGACCAAAAGUUUGAUCUCAAUAUUAAUGAAAUAAGAGAAGAUGAUGGAGGAGAAUAUUUCUGUGGAUAUGUGGAGGGAACUAACCUAAAGUUCACAUCUGGAACACGUCUGCAGUUUGAAGGUGAAGAGAUGAAACCCUGUCCUACACCUGGAACACUUAACAAGAACACACACUCUGUUACACACCAGGGUUCAAACAGCAGUGAUGGAGAAGGUUCUUCAUCAAACAACCAUCAAACUCCCACCAAUCAGGCUGAUGAUGAAGAUGUCUUGAACUAUGCAGCUGUGAGUUUUGCUAAGAAACCUUCAUCCUCCAGAACAUCCAGAGACACGAGCCAUCAAGACGUUUAUGCACAAGUUAAAAUAAAAUAGAUAAAGAGAAAUAAAGUCAGAACUGAAAAACAAUAUGAAUGUAAUCAUCCCAGUUUGUACACAGAUGUGUUAUUUAGACAAAAAAAAAUUUAUUGCUGAAACGUUCAUUAUUAUUUCCAAACUGUUUACUUGUAUUAAUUUGCUCUACCUGAUAGAUCUUUAUUGUUUGCUUGUUUUAUUUCUUUUUCAACUUUGCAUUUGUACUCAACGUCCUACAACCUGUUUUUUCCCCUAAAAGUCUAACAUUUAAAUGUUUUUCAAUAUUUGCCUUUAAAAUCAUGAACAUGGUUUUUAUAUUCAAUUAAUAAAUAUGUUAAUAAAUAUGUUACAUCCUGAUCACUAAUCCAGGGGCGUAACAUCCUUGUGGUCCCCGGACACUGUGGCCAGUGAUGUGUUGAGAGGAAGCAGACUCAGAAUAGAGGUCAUCAUCAUCUGGGUGUCAACAGAUAUAAAUAAGUGUGAUUAUAAAUAACUUCUCAUCUAGACCUGUACUAUACUAUAAUGUGCAGUUGUGUUAACAGGAAAUUAUGAGCUGAUGAAGAGUUUAUGAAUAUCAGCAUUCAGUCAGUCAUUUCUGAAUUCAAGAUGUAAGAAUCAGUGGUGCUUUAUUGAC